ACAUAACCUUUCAUUUAAUUUUUGGUUUUUGAUUUACGCUAGGCUUUAGCUUUUAUGAUAAACAUUAAGUGGUUAAAGAAUUUUGUCCUUCUACAUAAAUGUACCGGAUAUUUAAAUAGUAUUGACUUAUCAAUCUAUUGGGAGGGAUGUGUGUGAAUAAAAACUCAAUAUGUUGCCUUCUAAAAUAAAUAAAGAAAACUUUCGACUAUUGGACCUUUCUAGUGAUGAAGAAUCCGAAGACUUGCAGUUAGAAAUUAUACCAAACAGGAAAAAGAAAAUAACAAGGAAAGAGCGAAAUCGCACGGCUACAGUAAAAGUUCCUGAAACAAACAUUGGGGCGGAAGUACAGUGUGCACUGAGAUGGGCAGUACGAGGAACAUUACUACUAUGGCUUCUUAUGCUAACAUGGAUAUGCGCAGCUCUUUACGAUCAAGUGACAACGAUGCGGAUGGAUAUAGCUAAAGGUACCUGUAUUUUUAUUAACCCUCGACUCAAACAGCCCCUCUGUUAUAUGUUUAACGUGUGUAUCUGUGUAUAUCAUCGUAGCUCCCAAACAGAUGAACCGACGUAGAUUUAGUAUUUUGUGUUUGAAUGGUGAUUUAAUCGAAAGUGUUCUUAGCUAUGAUUCAAGAAAGUCUUUUCAGCAGUUUGAAGAUCAUCAUUUUUUUUUCUGGGGUUUCUUAAAUUUUCAAUUUAAGUUAUCGUGAAUAGGGCUCUAAAUAAAAUAACCUGAUAACAAUAUAUUAUUUAAAUAUUUCACCUUUUAGUAAAGUUUUUCUAAAUUCUCAUAAAACAAUUCAUCAACAACAUGUUUGGUUUCCGAAAUAUUUUGAAAUCAUCGCAAAAAUUGUGAUAUCAUAAAUAUUUUUUGUAUAAUGUUGUUACGAGAGCUAGUUAUUUGUUGCGUCACGUUUCACGAUAAACUCCCAAAGAUAAUGUUCACGCCCACACCUAACAAUAUUUAUGUUACAAGUGGUAAAAUUAAAAAUUUUAUGUAACCAACUUCAAUGUAAAUAAAAUGAGUACAUCAUCAAUGUAGUCGAAGUCAAUUAAAUACGCAUUAUUAAGGAUAAUUCAAAAACUACUGAUCAGAUCUUAAUCAAAUUUAUAUGGGACGGACUACAUGAGAAGCACUAGCUUUCAAAUAAAAAUAAUCAUCUCAUCAUCAAAAUCAUCAUCAAUAAUAGAAUGAAUCAUCAAAAUGCGUUCACCUAGAAAAAAAGUUCUGAGGAAACACAUAAAAAUACAUUUGAAUUGAUCUAACACAAGUGGUAAAGUUAAAAAUUUUGUGAAAACGACUUUAAAUUAUUAAGGAUAACUCUUAAACUACUGGUCAGACCUUGAUCAAAAGCAUCUGUAUCGUCAGAAAUUUUUUGUACAGAUACUAAGUUCACGAAAAUUUUCAAAGAUUUAAAGAAACAGGUUUUGAAGUUAAAAAAGGACUUUUUGAAAAAAUUCUUGGUUAUUGCUCUUUCUUUUGAGGUAUCAUUUACGCGGAUAUGUCUUAAAUUAUUAAAAUUAGUUUUAAUGCUAAAUCCUUUGCUAUUUCCUAUGACAAACCCAAUUUUCGUAAUGAGGUAUAAAUAUCAGCUUCCUGUCAAAAGUAACCCCUAAAUCCUUUAUAACCUCGCCCUCUUCAAUAACAUACUCAUCUUUUUGUAAUAAAAUGGAAUAAAGUUUACUUCUCUGGUAAAGGGGUCAAUUUCUUUAUGUAUGGAGAAUGGGCCCACCACAAAAUGUGGCUUAACUGGUGGUUACAAAAAUAAUAUUAGUCUUGCCGAAUCUUACGGGAAUACUGAGAAAUUAAGAAUUAAAAUGUAAAAAUAACAAUAACCUAAAAAUAAACUAAAAGUGAUUGUCUGGUACUUUUCACCGGUAUUAUAAGUUAAAGUAGUGCACUGUUCAAUAAUUAAUAGUAUAAAACAAAGUUGUAGGUAGAUAAUGUUUAUAGGUAGUUUAAAAUUGAUGGAAAAUCCUUUUAGUGAUACCAGCAAAAUAUAGUGCACAGACAGACAUACAAACGUAGUGUGGGUUGUAAGUCAUCAUUUCCAAAGUAGUCUCUUAAAAGUACAAUAGAGAGACAGACAUGCGCGGUGUCAGAACUUUGUUUUAAUAUGUUUUGAUUGAUUAGUAAGUAUACACCGUAAAUAACAUUAAACCCAUAAUUACUGGAUAAUAACAUACCCAUUUAUGAUUAUAAACAUUAAUAAAUAAAUAGCAAGUUAAUGUUUUGAAAUGGUUGUGUUUGGAUAAAAAAGACAAUGUAUAAUAUCACAAUAUUUAUUACAGACAUAUUUCUUAUAUUUAGCACGAACAGACAGGUGUGGUGUGGGAACUUUGUUUAUAUAUAUGUAUGUAUUUAUUGAUUGGUUAAAAUACAUCCCAAACAACAUUUCAGUCUAGUAAUGUGAACAGUGAUAAACAUUAAGUAAGACAUUUUAAAUUGGUUGUGUAAUGAUAGAAAAACAUAUAUAAUGUAAUUGUAUUUAUUAUCGUUCAUCAUCAUAAUCAUUACAGCCCUUCACAUCAUCCAUCACCAUUACAGCAUCCAUCGACUUCCUGCAUAUUUUACCAGGUCGUCACUCCAUCUAGUGGGGGGACGCCCUACACUUUGUCCGCCGGUACGAGGCCGCCACUCGAGAACCUUUUUCCCCAUCGGUUGUCGGUCUUUUUCCCGAUCGGUGUCCCUUCGGAAUAUAUGGCCGGCCCAUUGUCACUUCAGCUUACUUAUCCGGUGGGCUAUGUCGGUCACUCUGGCUCUACUGCGAAUAUCCUCAUUUCUAAGUUUAUCACACAGAGAAACUCCGAACAGAGCCCUCUCCAUAACUCGCUGAGCGACCUUGAGCUUCUUCAUCCGGCCAGCAGUGAAGGACCACGUCUCAGUUCCAUAGGUCAUCACUGGCAACAUGCACUGGUUGUACAUUCUCGUUUUCAAGUUUUGAGGUAUCCUGACGAGAAAAUGUGCCCUAAUUUCCCGAACGCUGCCCAACCGAGUUGGAUCCGUCAUUUGAUCUCUCGGUUGAAGUUGGACUUACCUAGUCGGACUAUUUGUCUCAGGUAAACAUACUCGUCAACAACUUCGAGCUUAGUGCUCCCAACAACUACCGGCAUAGGUGUGAUAAGGACGUUAUACAUGACCUUUAUUUUGUCCAUGUUCAUCUUAAGACCUAUCCGUUGGGAGAGGCACUAUUGAGGUCAUUGAGCAUAGUGUUUAGGUUCUCCAGCGAUUCUGCCAUAAGGACUAUAUCGUCGGGAAAUUGGAGGUGAUUGAUGUACUCGCCGUUGAUGUUAAUACAGUACUUUCCUGUCCAAAAGCUUGAAAACGUCUUCCAAUGCAGCGGUGAAGAGUUUCGGGGAUAUAACGUCGCCCUGUCUUACACCUCUUUGCAGUUGGAUAGGUGUCGUACUCUGGUUCUGUACUCGAAUAGCCAAAUAAGCCCUACUGUACAAACACAUUCAUCAUUUCGAUAUACCGACAGUCAACUUUUUAACAGUGGUAGAGCCACUUGGCAGCUUUUGCUGUAUCACGGAUGGGCUGGCUCGAACUGGGGUGGUACCACGAACUCACAGAAUACCAGCGUGAAGUAGAGGUUUACCUCUGUGUUCCGCUUGGUGGCCGGAGCCGGCACUUCUGCAACAUCAGGGGACUUCAUUCCAACUUUACCGCUGUCCAUUACUAUCUAGAGACGGCGAAGCCGGCCUUGCUCUUUUUAACCGAGGCUCGGGUGUCCUCUGCGGCUGAUACUUCAUAUCUCUCCUACCCGGGGUACAAAUUAGAACACUCCUUUGUGCCCCGGGCUGGAUUUUGCGUAUACGUCAGAGAGGACAUCUGUUUUGGACGCCCCGGCAGUCUUGAAGGUACGGACCUGUCCUACCUAUGGCUGCACGUAGUCAGCGACGACCAUCCCCGCGUCUACGGGUGCCUCUAUAGGUCCCAUAGCAGUAAUGCCGAUACAGACCGACUCAUCGACCACGUCCAAAUGGCUGCAGACUCCGUGCUACGACAGGUCUCAUCCGCAGAGAUCGUGAUACUCGGUGAUUUUAACGCCCACCACGGUGGAUGGCUUGGUUCCCGUUUAACCGAUCAUGCGAUCUGUAGAUCUGUGUAUGACUUUGCCUUGGCUUAUGGUCUAACACAACUGGUUACUUCGCCUACGCGGAUCCCAGAUGUGGAGGAUCAUGUACCUUCCCUGUUGGACCUUCUGCUGACCUCUCAUCCGGACGGAUAUCAGGUCUCUGUCGAUGCCCCUCUGGGCUCUUCGUACCAUUGUCUGAUCCGGAGUACGGUGCCACUCACGCUCCCAUUGCAGUUGCGAUCUGCAGCUUGCCGCCGUGUUUGGCACUAUAGGUCGGCCGAUUGGGACGGGAUGCGGUCUUUUUUUGCAUCCUACCCUUGGGGGCGGGUUUGCUUCUCGCCGGAAGAUCCCAGCGUUGCUGCUGAUUCUGGCCUUUUUAUUCCAUCCUAUGUAUACCGAGUGACGACAAAGUUAUCAUAUUAAAUGAAAAGACGUAUCCUACAUAUAUUUCUUUAAACAUACACGACUAAAAAAAUAUAUAACAAUUAAUAUUUUAGUCGCCAUAGCAUUUAUUUCGUUUUAAUAUUAAAUAACAUCAUGUAAAUGCAUACAGAUAUCACCUGAUGAAUACUAGAAGGUCAAAGACUUAUGGCGUUCGAAUGCGAAUAUACCUAGUUAAACGUUGCCAAUUCAUAAUACUCAAAUAAAUAAAAAGUGAAGCAAAAAAUGUACUUAUGGCUAAUAAUUUAAGGCAUAAUAUUAUGCGCG